UAACAUAAAAUACUGUUUUCACAUUCUUUUAAUACAUUUUUACAUCUCAGUGUUGCUGAUCUCAUUCAGCCCCUUUAGACUACCUGCACUCACUCCAACAUCAGUUACUCACAGGGUCGGACUGACCAUUUGGAAACUCAGGCACUGCCCGAGGGCCCAGGGCCAGUAAGGAGCCCCAUGAGAUGCCCCUGGUACCUUUUUCAUAGGCUUUUUGGAGUUUGGGCAAGGACACAGGGGCCCCAUGAUCCCCUAUUGCCUGGGGGCCCCGUGAGUUGUCAGUCCGCCCCUGAGGGCAACCUUUGGGGGUCCAUGUCUUACAGCGGCCCUCACAAGGGUAGCACUACACGUGUGCAAAUAUGCUGUAUAUGAGCU